GGAUUAAUUGUGGUGGUGAACUGCUUUCCUACCAUGGAAACUGACCAGGAGACCAGUCUGCACAUCACCCACCGACUCUGGGUUGCGAGGCACGAUAUCUCAGAGGACGUGUCCAAGCUGGCUCUGAAGCUUUGGGAAAUGGCUGAUAUGCAGGCAACAGGAGCUCUGAGUGAAGGUGUCUUGCGAGACAUUGUCCACCCUGUUGGUGCUGUGCGUGAAGCUGGUGCUGUAGCUCUGGCUGCCCUCGCAACGGAAUAUCAGGAUCUUGUAGCUCCCGUUACAUUAGAACUCAUUGAAAUAUUUAAGGCCAAGAAAGAGAUGACCCCGGCAGUGCGUGAUCAAUAUGACCGCAUAGUUAAGGAGGCAAUUGACCUGUGGGAAGGGCGAGCUGGUGUUGCAAUGGCCCUGACCCAGCUAGCGCCCUUGUUCAGUCGCGAAACAGUUGUGACCCUUGCCAAUUUCUUUGUCCCUGGUGCUUUAGGUGAUCGUAAUUCUGAAGUGCGGAAUAAGAUGCUGGCAGCUGCUAUGGCAGUCGUCAAUUGCCAUGGGAAGGAAACUGUGAAUAGUCUUUUUCCAGUAUUUGAAAAGUUCCUCAACACCGCACCCAAGCAUGCCAGCUACGAUUGUGUCAGGCAGAGUGUCAUCAUUCUCAUGGGUUCCUUAGCCAAGCAUUUGGACCACACAGACCCCAAGAUCAAACCCAUUGUUUUCAAGCUGGUUGAAGCCCUCCCACUCCAUCACAGCAGGUCCGGGAAAAGCAGUGGCCAACUGUCUCCAUCCUUUUGUCCCGGCGAUCAGAGACGAGUGCCCCAAGCUCGUGACAAAACUCAUAAAAGGUUCUCCUCGAGUCCCAACAGCUACGGAGAAAAGGAAGGGUGCGGCGUAUGGGCUCGCAUUCUGGUGAAGGGCAUGGGUAUCCUGGCUCUCAAACAGCUGGAUAUCAUGAAUUCAACUUACUAA